CUCGGCCACAGCGUCGGUUUCAGCUAGAGCGUCCUGACAAUCUCUUCGUUUCCCACGACUAAACAGGAGAUUUAAUUCUGUAAUCUACACCUUCCAGCGAAAGAUAUCACCUACGAGAUUCAUAAGGAGCUGAGUACUCCGCGUCCUGUACCUCUACCUCUCCCCCGUUGAAGCAGUGACAACAAGAGGUUUUCAUGAGUAUCCGGAGAGUAUCUAGAGCCUGCCUUACGUACAGGCCGAGGCGACCGGAUAAGCCCGAUCGCUCGCCCGCUCGUGAGACGGACCGCACGAGCCUCUGCAGCGAGCGCGAGAACACUUUCCAGCCCGUCAUCGUGUCCUACUGCAGUGUGCGAGCGAGUGGCAAGGACGAGGACCUCGGCAACGGUGGAACUCUUGGCCGAACGAUUCUGGUGGAUCUCGAGGGCAGGAGAGUAGCAGCCGCGGGAGUCUCGAGGGCCUUCCAGCACGGCCGAGGGGAAGCGAGGGCAGAGGGGAAGGCCAGUGACCCCGAACCGAACGAAACGAGGUCAGAAGGGAAAGACGGUGACCCCGAGCCGUAUGAUACCCUUAAGUACCCCUCGGCCGAGAGUUUCCUGGACCACUUGCUCGACGAAGACGACAUUGCGCUCUUGGAUAACGUCCAGGACAUUCUGUCGCAGGACACUUGCGCAGGAGUCGAGGCGACUGAGGAAGGACCGAGACGAGGAGCGGACAAAUCGUGCCCCUCGUCCUCCUGGCAGACGGACGACGCCGUUCGAGGAGAGAGCGACGCCGACAUCGAUUCGGGCGGCGUCGUAGCGGAGGACGACCUCGACCGCUGGGAAGAAUGGGUUCUCUUCGUGGCCGUCGACGUGGUGAGCGGCCUGCAGAUGGUCAUUCCCGCCAAAUACGUGAGGCUGGCGUCGAUCCCCUGGCACGUCCUACUGCCGGGCGACCCUCUGUGCCUGCCGAAGGACAACGUGGUGCUGAUGCGGAAGAGGGUCCUCGCCAGUACGGCCCGGGGCUCUGACUCCUCGUCGUCAGCAUCUUCGGAGUCGGGGAGACAAGCAAAGGUGAAGGAGAAGAGGCCGCGUAGUCGCACCAAAGUCGGGCCAGGAAGCCGAUUCAGAGGUCGUAGAAGCUCAAGGAUUCGAGGACGACCUCUCCCUCCUUGUCUUCCUCCGCGCCCACCAGAGAGAGAGAGUGGCCUCGGGUAUGGGUGUCCUCUGCCGCUGCACCUCCCCAAGGACUCCCCCAGCCGGCGGACGGCGCAGUGGAUCCUGUCGGAGUUCCAAGGCGACGGUUUCCUCGCGGCGUUAGAAGUGGAGACGCAAUGCGGGCGUUGUGAUAGCGUCUUGUCCAGCGUCGACGAAGCCGCCCGCCACUACGAGGCCGUCCACAGCGACAGGCGCAACUGCCCCUUCUGCUGCGUCAUCAUGUCAAGGGACGGGAUAUUUUGGCACAUGAGGCGCCAUUACGUGGGUUUGGCGUUUAGGUGAAGGUGGCGCCUGGUGUGAGUCGGUGUAGCCUUGGUGGGGCUUUUUUCGUUAAGGUUUUCGGUGGGUACCUUUUUCACCUGUGAUAUCUCGGAUGCCUUUUUUAGGUUUUCAAGUUUUUUUUCUAGGUUUUUCGCUUUGAUUUUUGUUUACAUUUUUUUCGGGUUUUAUCGAUGCUAAGUUACGAUUUUCAAUUUUCAUAUCACUUUUUUUCUCUUUCUCGAAGCUUUAUAUUUGUUUUUUACUUGAAGUUCGUUUGUUCAGGGUUCAAUAAUUCGUUGUCUUGUUAUUUAUUCGAGUUUCACAUUUUUGGUGUUCACCUUUGCACAAUGUUUCAAUUUGCAUUUUUGAAAACUUGAUAUAUUAUAUAUAUUUCUAUUUCUAUGCUUUGGUUCAAUUUUUACAUUGAAAAACGGUUUUGUAGUUUUAACAAAUCUGUAAGUCGUUAUAAAAAAAAACUGUUUUCCGUUUUCAGUAAUCAUGUUUCUUUCUUAAUGUUCUUUUUCAGUUCGUGUUUUUACUAGUAAUCUUAUGAUUAGAAGAAAAUGCAUUUUUUCGUAUUUCAUUACGUGGAAUAUGAGUGUACUAUUUUUGUAAUAUUUGUUCUUUCCUGUUGCAGAAUUUAUUCAUUUUCCGUGUAUACCUUGUCGUAUGGGUUAUUGUGAA